AUGCGUCUGCUACAGCGCGACGAUGCAGGCAACUAUAGCCUUACCCGCAACCUCGCCUCCGACGAUGUCCCCCCAUACGCGAUCCUUUCCCACACGUGGGGGCCCGACGAGGUAGUCUUCGCGGACAUUGCGAAGACGCCAGGAGAUUGGCAACGUAAACCUGGCUUCGACAAGAUCAAGUUCUGCGCCAACCAGGCACGAAGACAUGGGCUGCGACAUUUUUGGGUUGACACCUGCUGCAUCGACAAAUCCGACAGCAUCGAACUUCAGACCGCGAUCAACAGCAUGUUCCGAUGGUAUCGUGACGCGAGUCGAUGCUACGUCUACCUGCCUGACGUCUCUUGCUCUCGAGCUUCUAGUCAACCACAAUCUGUAAUACCAUGGGAGGACACUUUUCGAACAAGUCGAUGGUUCACUCGUGGGUGGACGCUGCAAGAGCUAAUCGCCCCGAGGACAGUCGAUUUCCACUCGAAAGAGGGCUCUUGGCUAGGAGACAAGCGAACACUAGAGCCGUUGAUUCGCGACAUUACGAAUAUUCCUGCUAGUGCGCUCCGUGGUACACCUCUAUCCGACUUUACGAUUGCAGAACGAGAAGCAUGGGUGCGUGGCCGCCAAACGACACACGAGGAGGACAUAGCAUAUUCGUUGCUUGGGAUAUUUGACGUUCACAUGCCGCUCAUAUAUGGCGAAGGGCGAGAGAAGGCACAAAGACGGCUCCGAGAGGAAGCCCAGAAAGCUGUUGUUGGACCAGGAACGCGUGUAAAUGAUUUCUCUGUUUCCUUCAGCCUGUCCGAAGUUUUCGAGGUCCAACAUUUCGUUGCACGAGAGAGGGAACUUGCCGAAAUGCGCAGAAAUCUCAGCUCUGAUGGCAGGCGCCGUAUCGUUGUCCUUCAUGGUCUCGGCGGCAUUGGCAAGACACAACUUGUUGUAGCAUAUACGACGCGAUACCGAGAUGAAUACUCGGCGAUAUUUUGGCUUAACAUCAAAGAUGAAGUGUCGAUUCGACAAAGCUUUACCAAAGCUGCGAUGCAAAUUCUACGACAACAUCCUAAUGCUAGCGGCCUGAAUGCGCUAGACUUGCAACAAAAUCACGAGGAGGUAAUCGAAGCUGUUAAGGCAUGGCUAAGCUUACCAGGUAACACUAGGUGGCUUAUAGUAUACGAUAAUUACGACGAUCCUCGACUGGCUAACCACGUAGAUGGCACGGGAAUCGACAUUAAUCGCUUUCUUCCCACGUCGUACCAAGGCUCGAUUCUUGUCACGACGCGGUUAUCACAGGUUGAUAUAGGUCAUCGUGUCCGAGUAACGAAGCUUGAAUCUGUAGAGGACAGUCUUGAGAUCUUGUCUACGACCUCAGGCCGGCGUUGCUUAGGCGAUGACAUGGUUGUUAGAGAUCUUGUGGAGACGCUUGACGGGCUUCCGCUUGCCCUUGCCACGGCGGGAGCAUACCUAAGGCACGUCCCAGUGAGCUUUAGUGAUUAUCUUCGCCUUUACCAAGGUUCAUGGGCGAGACUUCAUGCCAACACUCCAAGCUUGGGGUCCUACCAAGACCGCACGCUCACUUCUACGUGGCAACUCUCAUACGAGCAAAUCAAGUCACAAAGUUCCCUUGCCGCUAAUCUGCUCCAAUGGUGGGCUUAUUUUGAUAACGAAGACGUGUGGUUUGAACUCCUCUUGCGCGAUAGUGAUAACGGUCCGGCGUGGAUUAAUGAGCUGCAUGAUGAGCUGAAUUUCAAUAGUGCGAUGGGCAUAUUACAUGACUAUGGCUUCGUUGAGCCACACAGCUUCACUUCAGACCAGAUCGAAUCGAGGGGAUAUAGCAUUCACGCAUGCUUACACUCUUGGACCAUCCACAUAUUGAAUCAAGAUUGGGAUGGCGAGCUGAAUAAACUCGCAGUCGAAUGUAUAGCAUCCAGGGUGCCAUCAGAGAACGACGACCAGUUCUGGCUAAUUCAAAGACGACUUUUAUCACACGCAAUGAUCUCGUGUGCCACGAUCCCUGAUAGCGAUGAAGGUGUUGAUUGGGCUUUCCAUAACCUAGGGAACCUUUACAAAGCCCAAGGCAAGAUGCAAGAGGCGGAGGAGAUGUACUUGCGGGCGCUUCGAGGCCAAGGCAAGAUGCAAGAGGCGGAGGAGAUGUGUUUGCGGGCGUUUCGAGGGUACGAGAAGGCGUGGGGCCCGGAUCACACAUCGACACUUAGCACGGUGAACAACCUAGGGAACCUUUAUUCCGACCAAGGCAAGUUGCAAGAGGCGGAGGAGAUGUACUUACGGGCGCUUCGAGGGAAGGAGAAGGCGUGGGGCCCGGAUCACACGUCGACACUCGACACGGUGAACAACCUAGGUCUCCUUUACUCUAGCCAAGGCAAGAUGCAAGAGGCGGAGGAGAUGUACUUGCGGGCGCUUCGAGGGUACGAGAAGGCCCAAGGCAAGAUGCAGGAGGCGGAGGAGAUGUACUUGCGGGCGCUUCGAGGGAAGGAGAAGGUGUGGGGCCCGGAUCAUACGUUGACACUAGACACGGUGAACAACCUAGGGAACCUUUACUCCGACCAAGGCAAGAUGCAAGAGGCGGAGGAGAUGUACCUACGGGCGCUUCGAGGGUACGAGAAGGCCGUCGGGCCCCAACAUAUCGCGAGAUAUCGACCAGCAAUCAAUACAUUGUGGGGCUUUGGGGCCUUACUAUGGAAACAGGGCAGGCCAGUCGAGGCGAGGACAUAUUAUCAACGCGCUUACGACAAUCUUACGGCACUCUUGGGAUCCCAACAUCACGACGUUCAAUCACUGCAUAAAGUUUUAGUGGACCUAAACCAGAACAUUUAUGGUAAGUUGAUCUUCAGAAGCUUGGUCGCUACAUGA